AUGUCGCACCUCAAUGGCUCCGAGCCAUCGCGAGCUCAACGCGAAACCGAGGGUCGGUGGGAGGAGAAAAACGUGCUGUGCGACCAGAUUAAGGAGAUCAUCGCGGCGCUUAACGAUAUCCGCACGCAGCUGGCAGAGCAGAACAAGUACCUGGACGUUCUCACCGAGACAUAUGUUCGGAAACCGGCGCCUACACAUCUCGUCUUUGCCCAGGAGCUCGAGACGGGCGGCUGGGAAGAGGGCAGCGAUUGGGGUGAGUAUGCCGACUUUGCGCAGGGAGAGAUUCUGCCUGCUCCGGGGUUGGAAUAUGAAGGGAGUUGUGAACAGAAUUAUGAAGGGAAAUAUAAAGGGGAUUAUGAGGAGAAUUAUGAAGAGAAUUAUGAGGAGAAUUAUGGAGAAGAGAACUAUGAAGAGGUAAAAGGGCGUUACAGAGAAGAAGAAAAAGAAUCCCCAAAAGUGGAUUCUUUUCACGUUAAUGAGACCGCGGCGAGUAGAAACCAGCGAGAACCUAUCCUGGCUGAGUCGAAGGGAGAUAUGCAGAAGCAAAAGUGCUACUCGCUUGAAUCGACCGGCCCAUCAUUCUAUCUGCCCCUAGGCCUGGUGAUCAGCGCGCACGUUUCGCAAGCUUCAUUUACAACAGUAUUCAUCAUCCUGUCGCUGGCAGCAUACAUCUUUGCCACAUUUACCCUGUGGUUCUUACGCGAGGAAGACUGGGUCAAGCGGAUCAUUGGCUCUUGGAGACUGGCGAAGGCGAAUGCGAGUGCGAGUGCGAAUUCGAAUGCGAAUGCGAUCACGGACUCGAUCCAGGCGGAUCAGGAUCGAGGAUCGAGGAUACCGGAUCUGCUACGGAGACGACAGGUGCUGGAGACGUCUUGA